GAUUGCGAUGUGGGAAUAAUUACACAAAAGCUGCUCAAUCCUCUUCUUCUUCUUCAAUACACUGUGAUCCGAUUUUACACAGAGAUUAACAAAUGGAGAUCGAUUCGGCACCCAUUACCAGGUGCUCUAAAGAGAACGACAAGAUCUAUCAGGAAUGGUUUUCUUUCGCCGAUUCAGAUUCUGAUGGACGUAUUACCGGUACGGAUGCAAUCAAAUUCUUCGGUAUGGCCAAUCUCCCUCGCCAACAUCUCAAGCAGGUCUGGGCAAUUGCAGAUUCUAAACGACAGGGUUUUCUUGGUUUUAAAGAAUUUGUCACAGCAAUGCAGCUAGUUUCUUUGGGUCAAGGUGGACAUGAUAUAACCGCUGAUAUUUUAAAUGAGAACAUUGAAAAUAUAAACCCUCCACUUAUGGAUGGUUUGGAUGGACAAUUAGCUAAGAAAAGGCGUGGACAUAAAACAAGUGAACCUGGGAUGAACGGUAGUUCUCCGCUUCAGAAGUCUUCGUCAGCCACUUGGUUCACUUCAUCAAAAUCUGCAAAGAAGGUGUCCUUGGCCUCUGUUACAUCGAUUAUUGAUGGAUUGAAGAAGUUGUAUGUGCAAAAGCUAAAGCCUCUAGAAGUUACAUAUCGGUUCAAUGAUUUUGUUUCACCUUUGUUGACCAGCAGUGAUUUUGAUGCUAAACCGAUGGUUAUGUUGUUGGGUCAAUAUUCCACGGGAAAAACAACUUUCAUUAAACAUUUACUCAAACGUAGUUAUCCAGGAGCUCACAUUGGACCAGAGCCUACAACAGACAGAUUUGUUGUUGUUAUGAAUGGACCGGAUGAAAGAAGCAUACCAGGUAAUACUGUAGCUGUUCAAGCAAACAUGCCAUUUAGUGGUCUGACAACUUUUGGUACUUCUUUCUUGUCAAAAUUUGAGUGCUCUCAAAUGUCUCAUCCGCUACUAGAUCAUGUUAGUUUUGUUGAUACUCCUGGAGUUUUAUCGGGAGAAAAACAACGUACUAUGAGGAGUUAUGAUUUUACUGGCGUGACAUCUUGGUUUGCGGCUAAGUGUGAUCUCAUUCUUCUUCUCUUUGAUCCACACAAACUUGACAUCAGCGAUGAAUUCAAACGGGUGAUUGCAUCUUUACGAGGUCAUGACGACAAGAUAAGGGUUGUUCUAAACAAGGCUGAUCAAGUUGACACACAACAACUGAUGAGGGUUUAUGGAGCAUUAAUGUGGUCACUUGGUAAAGUUCUGAAUACUCCUGAGGUUUCUCGCGUUUACAUUGGCUCAUUUAACGACGGGCCUAUAAACGAGAUAGCUUCAGGUCCAAUGGGGAAAGAGCUGUUUGAAAAAGAACAAGAUGAUCUUAUGCAAGAUUUGAGAGACAUACCAAAGAAAGCAUGUGACCGUAGAAUCAAUGAGUUUGUUAAACGAGCUAGAGCAGCAAAAAUUCACGCUUAUAUUAUAAGUCAUCUGAAAAAGGAGAUGCCAUCAAUGAUGGGGAAAACCAAAGCUCAACAGAGAUUGAUCGAUAACUUAGAAGUUGAAUUUGGAAAGAUACAAAGGGAGUUUCAUGUACCUGGUGGGGAUUUUCCAAAUGUGGAGCAAUUUAGGGAGAUAUUAAGCAGUUACAACUUUGACAAGUUUGAAAAAUUGAAACCUAAAAUGAUACAAUCGGUUGAUGAGAUGUUGGGUCAUGACAUUCCAAAUGUUUUGAAAAAUUUCAAAAACCCUUAUGAUUAAGUAAGUAGGUAAGCAAUUUAGUAUUUUUCUUCUCA